AUGCAAGAUCUAAAAUUGCUUAAAAUUUGUGGUGUUCAACUUAUGCAUGAUCUCAAACAUCUUCCUAAUAGCUUAAGAGUUCUUGAUUGGAAAGGGUACCCAUCAAAAUCGUUGACAUCAAGUUUCCAAUCAAAGAGUUUUGAGAAUUUGAAAUUCAUUAAGCUGAGUAAAUCUCUAAAAUUUAUUGAAGCCCCAGACAUCAUUAAAGUCCCAAAUCUUGAGAGUUUGGUUCUUGAAGAUUGUAUAAAUUUACGUAAGAUUCACCCAUCAAUUGGAAUUCAUAAAAAGCUUACUAUUCUUAAUUUAGAUGGGUGCAAGAACCUCACAAGUCUUCCAAGCAAGUUUGAAAUGGAGUGUCUCACGGAACUUAGUCUUUAUGGUUGCUCAAAAAUAACAAAAAUUCCAGAAUUUGGGAGAAACAUGAAACGUGUACGUUGCCUUUACUUGAGUGGUACUGCAAUUACAACACUACCCACGUCAAUUGAGCAUUUGACUGACCUUUAUUUGUUAGAAUUAAGUAAUUGCAAAAAUCUUGUGCAUUUACCUGAUAUCAUUUUUAAUUUAAAGUUGGUUAGAGAAGUCUAUCUUGAGGGAUGCUCAAAACUGGAAAGACUGCCAGAGAACCUAGGGAAUGCCGAAAGUCUACAGUAUUUGGAUUUGAGCGAAACUGCUAUAAGAAAGGUCCCUUCUUCCAUUGGUCUAUUAAAACAUCUUGGUUCACUAGAUUUCAAAGGAUGGAAGGGGUUAUCAUCUAAUAAAUCGUGGUAUGAGGUCUUCCCGUUUUAUUCAAUGCCAACAAUUCCUCAUCCCAUCGACUUGCUAUUCUCUUCUCUAUCUCUAUCACCUGCGUCUUCUUUGUACUGGUUAGAUUUAAGGGACUGCAAUCUCAAGGCAAUCCCUAAUGAUAUUGGUUCCUUAUUCUCUUUAACAUGGUUGUAUCUAAGUGGAAAUGAUUUUGUUUGCCUUCCGGAAAGCAUCAUUCGACUUUCAAAUUUGAAAUCGAUGUACUUGAAUAAUUGCACAAGUCUUCAAUCAUUGCCAAAGCUUCCAUUGAAUAUUGAACGCGUUGAGGCAGAAAGUUGUAUCUCACUGGAAAUGUUACUAGAUCCAUUAAAACCAAGCAAUUCAUUGGAACCAUCUCUCGGUCUUCAAAAUUGCUUUCAAUUGGCUGACAAUCAAAGCUGCAUAGACUGGUUUAUCUCAGGGAUAAGAAAGUACCUCAAGCUCACUCCCUCUCUCCCUCUCUCAAUCCUAAAAACCAAUCCUUCUUAUCCAUAUCAUUCAUAUGCCAUUGUUAUUCCUGGAAGUGAAAUUCCUAAGUGGUUUAGCCACCAAAGCAUGGGGAAUGAAGUGAAAAUAAAACAACCUUCUCAUUUGUGUAAGAAGGUGGGAAUUGCUUUUUGCGUUGUGUUUUGUACGAAUAAUUUUUAUUCAUAUCGCUAUCUUAGCUAUUCGUUGAUAGCCAAUGGAAAAAGAAUUUAUAUUAGUUACUGUCCCUCAAUUAAUAAGGUUUCAUCAGAUCACGUUUCGCUAGUCUAUGUGGUUCCUCAAUUCUUGGAUGAGGAAUCAAAUAAAUUAUUGUGUGAAGGUGACGUGAAUGGUUUCAGUCAAAUUAGAAUUAAAAUUGAAAGCAGCCAAGUCAAGGUAAAAAAAUGGGGGAUCCGUAUGAUAUACAAGAAAGACAUUGAAGAUCUUGACAAAACAAUGGUCCAGUAUAGCAACAGCAGCAUCACUCCUUAUGAUGGCAUGGAUGUUGUCCAUCAUAAUUUCGACCAUUCGCCAGUGGUAGUGGAAUGUCACAAAGUCAAGCGCAGUCGUGAUGAUUACAAUGGGGCUGGACCCAAUGGAGAAGGAAGCUCUAACGACAUACCGAACCCAAAAUGGAUUAAAAGGCACACAGAAGCCCAUGGUAAAUCUGAUUGUGAGGAGUCAAGUGAGUACAAGGACUGUGAUGAGGAGUUAAGCGAUUGGGAUGAAUCUAAUGACAGUAACCCCGAUGCUUAA